UUGAAAAGCAUGGAUUGGACUUCAACAGUCACCUUCAGAAGAUCCUGUUAACCUGUCCAGGAUGGCAGAGCUAGGAAUGUUUGCUGCCAGGCGGCAUGAUGAAACAACAAGAGAAUCAGGCUUCACCUAUACCAACAGCAAUCACACCAAAGAUCCUUUUGAGGGUCCCAACUACCAUAUUGCUCCAAGAUGGGUGUACAAUCUUUCAACACUUUGGAUGAUCAUUGUGGUCAUACUCUCAGUGUUCACCAAUGGUCUGGUACUAGUGGCUACUGCAAAAUUCAAGAAGCUUCAACACCCUCUGAACUGGAUCUUGGUCAACCUUGCUAUUGCAGACAUCGGGGAGACACUUUUGGCUAGCACUAUCAGCGUUUGCAACCAAAUCUUUGGCUACUUCAUUCUGGGACACCCAAUGUGUGUCUUUGAGGGAUACGUUGUCUCUGUGUGUGGUAUUACAGCUUUGUGGUCUCUGGCUAUCAUCUCCUGGGAGAGAUGGGUGGUGGUGUGCAAGCCCUUUGGAAAUGUCAAGUUUGAUGGCAAAUGGGCCUCGGCAGGCAUUAUCUUCUCCUGGAUCUGGUCUGCCUUCUGGUGUGCUCCACCUAUAUUUGGCUGGAGCAGGUACUGGCCUCAUGGUCUGAAGACGUCCUGUGGACCCGAUGUGUUUGGAGGCAAUGAGGAUCCUGGAGUCAAGUCCUAUAUGAUUACUCUCAUGAUUACAUGCUGCUUCUUACCCCUGGGCGUGAUCAUCUUCUGCUAUAUUUUUGUGUGGCUGGCCAUCCAUGCUGUUGCUGCACAACAGAAGGACUCUGAGUCAACACAGAAGGCUGAGAAGGAAGUGUCCAGGAUGGUUGUUGUCAUGAUCAUAGCUUUCUGUGUUUGCUGGGGACCUUAUACCUGUUUUGCCUGCUUUGCUGCGGCUAACCCAGGGUACGCUUUCCACCCUCUGGCUGCGGCAUUGCCAGCCUACUUUGCCAAGAGUGCCACCAUCUACAAUCCAGUUAUAUAUGUGUUUAUGAACAAACAGUUUCGAGGUUGCAUCUUGCAGCUCUUUGGCAAGGCAGAAGAUGAUGGCUCUGAAGUAUCUACAUCAAAAACUGAGGUUUCCUCCGUGGCUCCUGCAUAAACACCAGACAAUGUUGUACCUCUCGGAAACAAACUGUUAACGUUCGGAGGAGUUUUUCCAAAUGGGACUUCAAAUGUACAGUACAUCUGCUUGUGUUUCUUACACAAGUCCUUUCCCAAAAUCUUUCAAGAGAUUAUUAAACGUCACUUCUUACAGUUUCAA